CACGCCGUCUACAUGUGCUACCCGAACGUGUUGUUAACCCCCGACGCACAGCGCACGAAAGCCAAGGGAAGGACUUCCUCUGUUGGCGCACACCGCGACAGCAGUGGCGGUCGCACCGCAUCAAGCAAGGCGGCGAAAGCGGCCUCGGCAGCGGCAGGCGGAGGAGCACGGAAAAAGUCGUCGCCGGCAGACGGUGUGGCGAAGCUCAUGAUUGAUCUCAAGGGAGAUAUCACUGCGGUCAUUGACAAGGCCAUGGGAAAGGUGGAGGCUGAGUGCGGUACCUUCGUGACGACGGUGCUGGAAAGCUGCUCCGCUGGCGUUUCCGGGCGGGAGGAACACUACGAGACGGCGGCCGCGGCAUUGCGCGAGAUGAAGACAAGGCAGGCCUCGAUGGCUUCCCGGCGUUCGGAGAUGCUCAAGGAGGUCGCGAGCAACAGCAGCAACUUGUCAGCGGUCGUCGAGCGCUGUAGAGCUGCCCUGGACAAUCUGCAGCAGGCGGAGAGCCGCAAGCUCAAGAGCGGCCUAGACCGAGCAACGGGGACGAAGAGCUGAUUUGAACCGAGGCCGGUGCGAGGGUCCAAGCGGAAACAAAUUUCCAAGCUCAUCGCGCCACGAUACGUUGACGGAAAAUCUGAAAAUUUCACCAGUCCUGUUGGUGUCAGCCUUCGAACGACGCGGAGAAAGUACUAGACUAUGGCCGUCCACCUUUCACGUGCGUGCGUAGAGUAUGAGCUGGGUUAGGGUUUGGAAAGAAUGGUCGUUCCGAGGAGAGGGGUAGGGGUACGUCUUCCUUCCCGUGUCACCGCUAUUGCAGCGCACCUUUUGCAUAGCUCAUGUUAGUUGUAUGCGGUUGUCCUUUGCGCAAACGUUUCCUGUGGCACCUUUCCGAGUGUUGAUAUGGGCUAGCGGGAGCAAUGCAGAUAAUUGAGGAAUACAUGUCUCCAGGCUUUUGGUCCCCUCGACCCUUCUUCAGCGCGGACCUACCCGGGAAGAGGCUUGCCCCGCAGAUUCAAGACAAUGCACU